AUGGAAGCAACUCAUCCUCUUUCAAUUGAAAGUUUUUCAUAUAGCUGGUUAUUCAACCUUAAACCAUCACUAGAUCAAAGCCUUGAAUUCGAAACUUCUUCCUUUAGAAUUUCUUUUGAUGCUUCUGAUGAAUUAGGUUCUUGUUUCAUUGAAAUGGAUCCAAGAAUGCCACCUUCUAAAAGAUUCUUUAUAAACUCACAAGAUUUCAAAUUUGAUUUUCCAACUUCACAAAAAUCUUCUCUCAAUACUCUUGUUGAUGUAGAUCAACUCUUUUCCAAUGGUUACUUAAUGCCACUUUUUGAUGAAUCAUUGAAAAAUAUUGAACCAUAUGAAUAUGAUUCAUCAAAUUCAAAUUCAACCUUACCUUCUUCCAUAUUAAAUGUACCAAAAAAAGUGGUUCCUAUAGAAAACUCAAGAACUUGA